CCUCUACUCGAUAUGCCGACGAGCAAACAACUUUCUCGAGAACAAAAGGGAAAGAUGAUUUCGAGCACCACUGGUCCCGAUAGUGAUCUGGAGAGGGUUCGCGGAUCCGGCGAUAGCGUAGAGGAGGCUCAUCGCGAGGCGAUGAUGGAUACCGAGAACAUGACCCGAGAGCAGCGUAUGCUCGUCUCGGUAGCGAUGGUUCAAUCUCGCGCAGACGAUGACGGAGGCGAUGGCUCUCCUGACGACGGGAUGACUCCCUACUGCUUCUACCCGGGAAAUAUUUUCGAGGAGCAGCGCCGACUCGAUCCGUCGCGAGCUCGUCCCCCUGUAGUUGAGGGGCAAGACUGGAGGAACGUUUUACCGACGCGAUCCACAUUCGAGUCGGUGACGAAGCUGCUGAAGAGAGGCAAGGCGACCGGGGUUACAUUCAUAAUCCCGUCAAAGACCCAAAGGCCGUGGUCCCCCCCGAAGGGGUAUCAGUGCGUAUACGAGUCGUACUUCGAAAAGGACACGAAACUAUGGUUUCCGAUUCCUCGACUCGUCACCGCCUACACGAUGCGCCGAGGAGUCGCUUUGAGCCAAUUCUUGAAUGGCGCUUGGCGUCUAGCAGUUGCGCUGAUGGUGAUUGGGGCGGAAGCUGGCGCUGCUCUCAGCGUCCGAGCAUUUGAGGAGCUGGUCUCGGUGAAGAUUAAUCGAGGCCUGUUAUCACUGAAGAUACGCCCGAACUAUAAUGUGGUAACGGGCUAUCCGACCAAGACGAACGACUGGCAGCGAUCGUACUUCUAUGUUAAGUCCGAUCGCUCGGCUUUCGAGGAGCCGCUGAAGACCGGUUACCGUGUUCUUUGGAACAAUGAAUUUGGUAUUGAAUGUUCUUUAAUCUUUUACUGUUUCAGACUCCUGACCAUCUCUUUUUCUCUUGUUUUGACAGUUCCUCACUCGAAUACCGCGGAGUACGAGGAAGAUUUCUUGGAGAGUGCUCGGAUUAUCGCGUCCCAGAAACAGGAUUUUUGGGAGAACUUCUCGUACAGGAGGAUUCGUAGGUCGAUUGAUCGGAUCAAGCGGCAGGUUUGGCGUUCGGACACCGUUCCUCUCAUCACCAAAAAGUCGAAGAGAAUCAACUUGUUCACCAAAGCCGAGCAGAUUGAAAUUAACCGAGCCAGAGCUAUGAGGGAAUUGCCGGAUCUAAGUUUGGUGGUUGGGAAGCAACUCGGGUUCGUGGAGCCGGACCAAAGCUCUAACGCAAACUCCUCUGAUCCCGGGGAGCCGAGAGCGACUGAGUCGGACGGGGCUCAGCUCGUGAGAAAGUCGGGGAGCAAGAGGAAGGAGAGGGAAGGCGUUUCUUCCGAGGAGAAGCAAGCCGAGGAGACUUCCACCGGUGGGGGCGCCGGAUCGGAGAAGAAGCGGGCGCGCAAGGAUCCCGUUGAGGUUCGGCCGUCCUCUGUGGAGAGAGGUGAGCUCCAGGCCUUGGAGCCUAGCAACAAUUCUCGAGAUGACGUUCUCCCGGAUCCGUCUCUCGAUGGUGGUCUUCAGGGGACUUCUUCUAAGGUGAAGAAGAAGUCGAAAAAGAAUAAUAAGAAGAGUGCCGGCGAAUCCUCGGGGCACGAGAUAGCGCCCAAUACGGAGAAGGAAACCGUGGAGGCUCCGACUACUGCCGUUUCCCUCCCCAAGGCGGCGGUUCGUGAAGAUGCCCGGGGAUCGAACAGGUCCUCUCCGAAGGCUCAGGAGGGUAAGGCUGUGCCGAAGAACCUGCAGGGGUUUUGCCCGGAUAAAGUGGACUUCAUUUUCAAGCGGGACACUCCUCUCGUUUGUAACGAGAGAGAUUGCGCUCGUUUCGUCCGCCAAGUCCGGGGAAGUAGGGAGCAUCUCCCACUCGUCAAGGACUUAGUUUUCCAAGACGAGUACACCGCUGCUGCCGGUUCCUCGGUUAAGGUAAGUAUAGUUUCUGCAUCGCAUUCGUUUCUCGUCUUUCUUCUCAUUUGGUCGUCCUAUCCCAACUCUUUCUUUGAUGUGUUGCAGAGCCAAGGUGACUGGAACGAGGUCGUCCGCAUAUACGACAAAGAGCUGAAGAGGACCUAUGGUGUGAUUGAUAGGCAACGGCGCAACACCAAGGAGGCGACUGUCGCCUUAGAGGUCAUGCUGAAGAAGAAGGACGAAGCGGUUAUUGCAGAAGCGGCCAUGAGGGAUGAACUCUCCCAGAAAGAGGCGGCUAUGAACAAGGAGCUGAAGCGAGCCCGGGAGUUGGUUAAAGCGCUCGAGAAAGAGAAAACCAAGCUGGCAAACGAGAAGAAGACCCUCGAGGAAGAGAAGGCGGCUGCUGCCUUAGAGCAUUCCAAGGAGAUGGAUCGUCUCCGAGAGUCGCGCCGCUAUGAGGUUACUCACGAACGGAUCCGAGUAAUGGCGGCGAUGCAUGGGAAAGCCGCCGCUCGCUUCCAGAGGAUCCAGGAUCGGGAGUCCCGUCGUGAUAACUUUGAGGAUGCGAGAUGCAUGCUCGGCCAGGCUCGGGGGAUGAGACGUUGCCUUGAAGGGAUGAAAGCGGCAGGUAAAAACAUCUCUCAGGGAGAUAUUGAUAUCUACGCCGGGCAAGAGAGGCAUUAUGAUGCGGAGGUGAAGCGUUUGAUCGUAGAUGAUCUUCUCGAGAAGGACCUUUCUUUAUCUCCUCUCGUGCUCGAGUCGAGGUUCGUUAUCCAGGAGAUGAUGGAUAAAAUCGACAAAUUUGGGUCGAACAUGGACUUGCUCGACUCCGAGGCCGCCAAGACGCUUCGCACUCCCCUCAGAGCACCAGGGGAUCGAUCCGAAGAGCCGUCGAAGAGCCUUCUCGACACCGUUCAGUCGCCAGCUCGCCCUGAUGCUGUUCUCCCGGGUCAAGAAGUUGCCCUUAAGGACCCUUCCGUGGCUGAGGAGACGAACAAGUCAGCUCCCGACGAACCGAUCUCCAACACGCCGGUCAAUAUCUCCGACUCGCCGUCAUUCGAGGAUGCGGAUUCUGGCGCGAGUGAAGGACAUCUCGAGGGGGCGGACUCUGGCGCGAGCGAAGAACAUCCCGAGGAGGAUCUUCCUGCCUUGGAUUAGUAUUUGAUGUUUGUUGUAUCUGACUUUUGGCGCUUGUGCCUUUAAAACUAUUUCCUUUUCUCGGCUAAGGCCUUUUGUUGUAUGAACUACUGCCUUGCUUUUUCUUCAGACCUUUUAUGAAUUUUUAUUAUAUAUUUCAGUAAAUCGUUUCCACUUAGAAAUAUGUAAAUCGUUUUUGUUUUUAACCGAGAAAGGAUUCAUUCGAGCGGCUACUCGCGUUUGCCAGCGAGUUCCCAAUUUUUCAGAUAGAACAGGAAAUUAGAGGCGGUUGCUCGUUCGAAUCUUCUUUAUUCAACUAAACUUUUACAAGUGGUUGAUCAAGCGAUUACAAAGAGAAUCUCUAAUCGUUCUAUUGAAUUACCGAGGAAAAGGUUCCGAGACGCAUUGCAGUAACCGAGAGAACCGUUGGUCGGCCAAACCGUCGUUCUUCGGUUAGACUUGGUCUAGAAUUUCCAUCGGGUAGCCGGUCAAUGCGUGACGCACAGGUGACGCAAGGCUGUUAUUCCCUUCGACUGACGUCUGAUCAAGACCCAAUCGAUUGAUUUUGGGCGAGUGCUCGUACGCCGCUUGAAAAAGGGGUUGGCAUCGUUUACUAGAAAGUGACUGUUCGUCAUUCUUUCGCGAAAAAGUUUGGACUUUGUUUUGGUUGGGGCUGGACCCUGUGAAGGGAUGCCUACGUACCUCGGAUGAGGAUCAAGCCUUUCGUAGUUCGUUUGACCGAGUGAAAGUGGCUGUAGUAGCGCAUUCACUCGGACGAGUAGAAGUGACGGUUAGGUGCAUCUACUCGGUUUUUUUUUUUUUUUUUUUUUUUUUUUUUUUUUUUUU